AUGAAUUCAUUCCUCUCAACCACCACCAAUCGUCAAUCGGCUCUUUCCUUUCUUUACUCUUCAAAUAUAUCCAAUAAUUUGGUACGUGUAUUAUUUGAAAUCGAUGCCAAUCCGCAACUUGCCGGUGUCAAACCAUUUGCUAAUAUAACCUCGUUCAGUUAUUUUCCGGGCGAAAGUGAAGUAUUACUGAUGUUAGGAUCUAUCUUGCGUCUGGUCAGUAUUGAUCAUGAUGAACGAGGGAUUUCGAUCGUCCGGUCGACAUUAUGCAGCAACAGUGAUCAUGAAGUUCAAGUUCUAUUCGAUUAUAUGAAGAAGGAACACGGUGACGCAGAGACAACUACUCUUUCAUUUGGUAUCUUAUUAGGUCAAAUGGGCAAAUUUGAUGAGGCAGAGAAAUAUUUUGAUCGUCUACUCAAAGAAAUGCCACCUGAUCAUGAAGACAUUGCUGCUUGCUGUCACAAUCUUGGUGAUAUAUUAGACAAAAAAGGUGAUUAUCAAUCUAGUCUCAAGGCGUAUCAGAAAUCGCUCGAAAUUAUGUUUCAAACACGCAGACCUGAUCAUCCAGACAUUGGAACUACUUUAAAUGGUAUUGCUACUGUUCAAGCAAAGACAGGCAAUUACAUACAAGCAUUGGAGUCAUUCACAAAAGCACACGAAAUUUGGAAGCAAGCAUUCGGUGAAGAUAAUCCCAAAAUAGCCUUGUGUUUAAGUAACAUGGCUGGUAUCUACCAAGUAUACGGAAAAUACACGGAGGCACUCGAUUGUUUGCAGAAAGUUUUAAGUAUUCGUCAACACCAUCUUCCCGCCGAUCAUCCUGAUAUGGGUGAUACACACAAUAAUAUUGGCAUCCUAUAUUGUAGUCUGGAUAAACUUGAUCUCGCAUUCGAACAUUACAAUACAUCACUUAAAAUUAAACAAACAUGUCUUCCUCCUAACCAUCCUGAUAUUGCUAUGACAUUGAGCAACAUGAGUCUUAUUUAUGAGCAGAAAGGGGAAUUCAACCAAGCACUAUCAUAUCUACAAAAUGCAGCCAAAAUUUAUCAUCAAACACUAGAUCCCACUCAUCCCUAUGUACUUCAGGUUGAGCGGCUCAUUCAACGUGUUUCCUCAAAACUGAAAUAA